UUGCAGGUUACUGGGCAUUCUCUUGGGGGAUCAGUAGCAUCACUGGCGGCUUCUUUCUUAGUUGGAUCACGUCUUGCAAAUUCGAGCGAAGUCAAACUGGUCACAUUCGGACAGCCCAGAACUGGGGAUAUUCUCUUUUCCGUUCAUCACAACAAUCAGUUGGAGUACUCAUUUCGUGUGACUCACUGGAGAGAUAUUGUACCGCACAUUCCUCUGGGACCAAUUGGCGGAUACUUCCAUCACAAACAGGAGGCCUUCUACAGAAACAACAUGGAACCGCACGAGGUCAAAAUUUGCAGUGAAGGUGAGGCUCCCGAAUGCAGCGAUGGUUUGUGGUUCACCGCCAGCAUUUAUGAACACACUCACUAUUUCGGCAAACAAGUCUCGAAUUAUGGGGGAAACGGGUGCAUUUAG